AUGACUGCGACGCACGGCGGCGGCUGUGAAGAUGACCGCCCGGUCAAGGACUCCGUUUACACAAUCAAAACGGGAUUCAAGAACGACUACCAACAUGACCGCGAUGCGAACAAUGAUAUCGUUAAGCCACCCCCACUCCCGAUAGAAGACGACUCCUAUGCUUCCGGAAAGGUGAAGCUAUCUAGAGGGGAGAAAUGGAGGAUCCUAAAGAACAUUGCGGCCGUCAGCGCUGCGUUCAUGGUCCAGUUUACAGCUUUCCAGGGAACAGCGAAUCUCCAGUCCUCGAUCAACGCCCGAGAUGGUCUUGGGACUGUAUCUCUUAGUUCCAUUUAUGCGGCCCAGGUGGUCUCCUGCAUUUUUGUACCGACGUUCCUCAUAAAAAGACUGACUGUUAAGUGGUCACUUUGCCUCUCCAUGUUAUGCUACGCGCCGUAUAUUGGCGCGCAGUUCUAUCCUGCCUUCUAUACAUUGGUACCAGCUGGCGUGCUGGUCGGUCUUGGAGCAGCACCUAUGUGGACGGCAAAGGCCACGUAUCUCACGCAAGUGGGAAGUGUGUACGCCAAGCUGACAGACCAGGCUGUCGAUGGAAUUAUUGUACGGUUCUUCGGGUUCUUCUUCCUCGCUUGGCAGACAGCUGAACUCUGGGGCAACCUUAUAUCCAGUUUAGUAUUCUCAUCAGGAGUACACAGCGGAAACGUGACUACGGACAACAGAAGUGCAACUUUGCUGACAUGUGGGGCUAACUUUUGCAUGGUCGGUGGUGGUGGCCAUGAUAACCAGAACCUGCACAGACCCCCAGACAACGAGAUCUAUGAGAUCAGUGCUAUAUAUCUUGCGUGUAUCAUCGUUGCCGUUUUAAUGGUUGCCUUCCUAGUGGAUCCUUUAUCAAGGUACGGUGAAAAACAAAGAAAAUCUGACCCGUCAAAGGAGUUGACCGGUAUUCAAUUGCUCUCAGCAACUGCCUACCAACUCAAGAAGCCCAACCAACAACUGCUAAUUCCUAUUACGCUAUGGAUAGGAAUGGAACAGGCAUUUAUCGGUGCUGAUUAUACGCAGGCGUACGUGUCCUGUGCAUUGGGCAUCAGAUCCAUCGGCUACGUCAUGAUAUGUUUCGGAGUGGUGAACGCAAUCUGUUCUCUGUUAUUCGGGUCGGUGAUGAAGUACAUAGGAAGAUUCCCCAUAUUGGUGAUGGGUGCUGCCCUUCACUUGGGGCUCAUCGUGUGGCUGCUGAUAUGGAGGCCUAACCCAGAGACGCCGACCACUUUCUUCGUAAUCUCCGGAUUAUGGGGAGUUGGUGAUGCCGUGUGGCAGACUCAAGUUAAUGGAUUAUACGGAGUUCUCUUCAGACGUAACAAAGAGGCUGCCUUCUCCAACUACAGAUUAUGGGAGGCAGCUGGAUUUGUCGUCGCCUACGCUUACUCCACACAUCUUUGUGCUAGAAUGAAGCUAUACGUGAUGAUGGUCGUGCUUCUCGUUGGUGUCUUGGGCUAUCUCAUCGUGGAAAUCCUGCAUAAGCGAAAGGUGCUGCGAUUGAAAGCAAUUGCUGAAAACCCCGUUGCAGCAGAUGAAGCAGCCAAGCAGCCACCAGAAGAAGAUGACGAGAAAGAUGAAAUCGACGAUGACAUUAUCAUAACGCACCUCUAA